UCCUCUUUGUGCUGUCGCUGCUGGUCAGCGGUUCACAAGCCUCACAUUUUCUUGGCACUAUGAUGACUUACUACCCCGGAGAAACUCAAACUAACGGAUAUGUAUCAGUGAUCCUUCGCUACAAGCAGAACUUUGUUGCAUGCUCACACAAUGACACCUGGGACUGCGAUGGCAACUGUGGGUCUUGGACUCAGACGCUUUCAAUGGCCAAAGUGGAGGAAGUUAGCAGUGAGUGGUGUCAGACAGAAGGAAUCAUAAUUCAUCAGCUUCCCAACAACACUGGAUUUCAGACUAAACUGGAUGGUGGAGGAUGGAUAAACAACAUUUUGAAUGGUGUUGGAAACUGGAGAGCUGUGGCUGCUGUUGAACUGAGGAACCGGUCCGACAUUGGCAAACCCAACACAUCGCCACAGACCACCAUCCUCCCAGCUUUAAGAGUUCCAGUAAACUGCCCAAGAACUAUUAACUUGUUGACCUUUGACCCUGAUGGAGAUGAGGUUAAAUGCAGAUAUGGAAACACAACAGAUUCAGAGUGUAACCCCUGUAACCCUCCGCCUGUCCUCAACGUCUCAUCAUCCUGUUCUCUGACUUUCAGCUCCCCUGUAAGCAGCACCAGUUCUGAACUUCGAUAUGCAGUCCAGCUGGUGAUAGAAGAUUUUCCCAGACAGACCAUUUCUCUGACUGGAACCGGCGGCUCACAGGAAGUGAAAACUCCCAGCGACGCCAUCAGCAAGAUACCGUUACAGUUUGUCUUGAAAGUGAUUCCUGAGGUGCCGUCCUGUACAGAAGGAUCUUAUGUGGCCAGAUUUGUGCCUCCAACUCCAGACAACAGAGCUCAGAAGUUCAUCCAAGUCAAUAAGGUGCUGGAAAUCAACAUCAGUGCAGAAGCAACUCACUCCAACAUCACUGGACUCCUGUUCAGCGGGCCUCACAAUGUAUCCAAGAGUUCAUCCGGAGCAGGAAGCUUCACCCUGAGAUGGACACCAUCCGCAAGAGAAAGUGGACAGAGCCACCCCAUCUGUUUUGUUGUCGAGACAAGUUUCAACAAUACUGUCUACCACUCUGACCUCCGAUGUGUUACUGUGACCAUCGGAAACUAUUACGUUGUGGCCCUCAGAGGAAAAAUCUCCACUACUUUAUCACUAGAGAACGAUUACGACGCUCUUGUCAAACAGAUUAAGGAUGAACUGAUUAGACGAGGGCUGCACACAGGCAUAAAUGUACGGCUCCGCAGGACGGGUUGAUUUCAAUUUGGGACAAACUCUUCGUACCUAUACUUCUGCUGAGCUAUGCGUUUCCUGAAAUUGAGAUCAAUCGCUCUUUAUUACAUAUUACGUUAAUGAUCACAGAUAUUUUAGCUGAUAUAUUUCUGUUGAUAUCUACUGGAGAAGGAUCAAAUUUCCUUCCUGACGGUUUAAAAAUAAUCUGGAAUAGACCAUGAAUGGAUGGACAGGUUGUUGAACGAUUUCUUUAUCACAAUUAUUUUGUCUCUGUUUUAGUUCUUGUAAC